UCCUAUAAAGCCCUUUCUUCCUUUCAUUUUCCCCCCGCUCUCUCUCGUUCAACCAUUUCCGUCCCUAUGGCCGAAGAAUUCCACGACUCCGACGUCAUAAUCGCCGACCACCGCCGCCUGUUCCACCCUUCCCUCGACUACGCCCACACCCAAAUCCUCAUCACAACUCAUCGGAGCUCCAGAAACGACACCAACACCAACACCAACAGCAAAGAUUCCGCCGCCUCUCUCCCCGUCAAAAUCCCAGAAACCGUUUACCGUUACAAUUCCUCCGACAUGGAGGAAAUGGACGAGGAUUGGGACAUUGAAGACAACAUCGUACCCCCGCACGUCAUCAUCGGUCGUCGCGUAGCCGGAAAAAUGGCUUUCUCCCUCUGCACCGGCAACGGCAGGACGCUCAAAGGAAGAGAUUUAAGCCAAGUUCGAAAUUCUAUUCUCAAAAUGACCGGAUUCCUGGAAACUUGACCCCAAAAUACUCCAAAUCAAUAUUUGUAAAGAAAUUAA